CCCGUCCUGUGUUGUGGAGUUGCAUUCAAUGACCGGAACCAACGAACGGCGCACGACCGACCAAUCCUCGGAAAGAACCUCGUGUGUCUAGUGUAAGCAAAACUUCUUGAAGUAUUUAACCUUCUAAGUACACGGAGAACAAGAAAUCACGUUCAGCAAUAUGACAGAAAACUUUAUUACUGUAUUGCAGUGCUGUCUUAGUGGCGUCUGUGCAGUGGCUACAGUAGAAAAUCUCCUUGUGAUUGCAGUGUUUGCUGGCACCAAAAAGCUCCGCAUGAAGUUCUACGCUUUCAUCCUCAACCUGGCCUUGGCUGACCUCGUGUUUGCCAUAGCAGCAAUGUUAGGCACAUGGAUCAAGACACCGGUUAUCAGUGCUUGUAUUAAUGCAACUUUCGCGGUUUCAAUAUUGACUAUUCUUGCCGCUGCCAUCAAUCGCUACCUGGCCCUCUCCCUUAUGCCACCGGCUCGCUACGAUUCACUGGUCACUGGGUGUCGUCUAGUCGGAGUCUGUAUCGUUUUGUGGUGCCUAGGCCUCGGCUUUUGCUUACUUACGUCUGACGCGGUCAUCAAAGCAGUAUUAAACGGAGUACAGUACGUUGGAUUAUCACUGGCUGUGUGCAUUGUUUGGGUUAUCACUGCACUUGUUUAUUUCCUGGCUUUCCGUAAGAUCAAACAGUAUACUCCACCUCUUGCAUCCGCGGCGGCAGGCACCAGUGCCAACGCCGAGCGAGAUCAAACCCGAGUCCAGCAGACUCGUCGUUUACUGGUCGUGUUUGUUCUCAUUCUGGCUGUGUCAUUCAUUUCGUGGGUGCCUAUUAGCCUGCUGAGGGUGAUUCGCUUUUUCGAUCGACCGUUUGGGCAAAGUGAUAACUUUCAGGUGUACAUUUGGGGAAGUCGCCUACUCUACACUCUCUCUACCGCGAUCAAUCCGUUGGUAUACUGGUGGCGAUUGGAUAGUUUUAGGGAGAGAUUUCAUUCCUUGUUCUGUCGUUGUGUCAGCAAGGCAAAACCUAGCGAAAUUGAAGCUGACCUGACUACUAAUGACAAAACAAUUGCUGAAUCUGGUUUGUAAACGUUCAGGCAUGUUAUACCGAAAGGCAUUUUAAGCUUGCCAAAUCUGGGGGAAAAAAAUUGGUGUCUUUCUAUUUUUAAAAUGGUUUUUGUCAGUAAUACUAAGACUUCAUAAUAUUUUGAUUGUGCAGCCUAUGGCUUUUUGAUGACAGAUAUGUUAAUUCAUUUGAAAAUACCCUUUUUGUUGCGUUUAAUUUAAUCUGAAUAAACUUUUGUUAAUUAUUCAUGAACAUAAAUUAUUUGAUUUAUCGUUUUGUUAAUGUAGAAUAAUUAGUUUAUGGUUGUUCGAGUAGAACCAUAGAAAGGGCAUGGCUUUGUGGUGACAGAUACUAUCAUUUUGUAAGUAAUCUUUUCGUUGCCUUUAAGAAAUUAAACCAAAUUGAAUUUUGAACGAAUUGAUGAACACAACUUGAAGAAUGAUUGUCGGUGACAGAUAUGAUCAUUCUUUUGAAAAUAAUCUUUUUGUUUCCAUUAAAUAAAUCCAACUACUAGGUUUUAACAUAGCAUUAAAGCAUUUCGUCUUUUUAAUGUAAACGUCAUUUUGCUUCUUUGUAAUUGAUUUGGAACAUAUUAUACGGACAUGGGUUUUCAUUGCUUAUAAUUAAAAUUUAAAAACUAAAUACAAAUGUAUCUGCUGCACUUAUAGGCAUGUUAUGUGAGCAAUUCUCGAAAUCUGUUAAGUAAUUAAUACUUUGUCAAUCGAAUGUUGGAUUUGCAAGUGUUCGAAUUAGAAAAAAAAUAGGUUGGUUGGCCCACCGUGUUGCACAGAUUUCAAAUACUGACAUGCGAUAUUUAUUCUGACUUGAUCAAUAGUUGUAAAGGGCGUUUUAUGAUAAUGUGUACAACUUUUUAAUUUACGAUGUACGUUAUCGUUUUAAAAUUGAAGAAGAACUAUUGGUAAGAACACAUUUUUCUCAUUUUUACUUCACACAAUAUACAAUGCACUAGCCAAAUAUUGUAUAUAAUAGUGAUGUCUCCGUGAUAUUAAUUACAGUCAUCUAGCCUUAAGAGCAGUGGACAACAUUUGCAUAAAUGAAAAAACACAAAAUACAAAUUGUCAAAUUAUUAUGAUAUAAUAUAGCCGAGCGGUUAGAGCGCGGAGCUACGAAGUGGAAGGUUGGCGUUUCGAAUCCCAUUCCAUCCCAAAAACUGGAAAACUCUCUCUGACGACCUAAUAGUAUGGGUACUGGAUUCGUUCAAGAAAGGUAAGACAGCGAAGGGAGAGGACUUGGCCCCGCCACUCAUAUGCUGCGCCCAAGACAAAGUGGACUUCUAAUAUCCGGAUCCCACUCUAUCUACUGUUACCUUUACCUUAUCUUGCUAUAUUUGUAGGUAUGUAAUAGUAGCAAGCAUCCUAUGAAAUCUUGAAAUUAGUUUGGAUAAGAAGAGGUAUUUUGUAUAAUUUCCAAAGAUCGCCCAGCACAAUUUAAAAUUUACACUCGUUUGAAUUUUUUGUAAGUAUUACAUUUGUUCAGGGGCACAGUCUGCAUUUUGCCCUGUAACUAUACCAUAAUUACAGACACUAAAGUAUGGCCUGUCGCUCAUGAGUUAUUUCAGAUAAAUUCAGCAAGCCGCACCGUGACGAUUGAAACGAUCUGUGUUCUGUUUCCUUGUUUAACUGGUUCCAAUGGAUAUGUUAUACAAAUUUUACCAGCCCCAUGCAUAAAAUUACCACAGAUGUAAAAGUUAGAUUACAAUAUUGUACAAUCGAGUAAAAUAUACCUCGUACAAAUAGGUAUCAAGGCUCUAAGUGACACACUCACAUGAAGAUAAUAAAAUAAUGUCUUCAUGAAUUAUUUUAAUUGGUGUGAUACUGUACCUUAUUUGACAAACUACUCAAGUACGCACGUUUACAGUAAACUGUGCUAAAAAAGGGAAACAGCCUACGUACUGUUUUAGUGCUCUGCUAA